UGAAAGAGUCCGAUUCGGUUUAAAAUAUCCGACCCGCAACUCCAUGGAUUCAGCUGAGAACCGACCAACCCGGGUCGCGCCCCACUUCCCUCCCAUAAGAAUUAAGAAUCCACCUCUCUCAGACAUUCUACAGCGUGGGAGGUUGUCUUCGUUUUGUGAAAAAUGGGAGGAGGAUUUAGGGUGCUGCAUCUUGUUAAGCCAUUCCUUUCUUUUCUGCCUGAAGUUCAGAGUGCUGAUAGGAAGAUUCCCUUCAGAGAGAAAGUCAUAUACACUGUGAUUUCUCUUUUUAUCUUUCUAGUCUGCAGCCAGCUUCCUCUGUAUGGCAUACACUCAACUACUGGUGCUGACCCUUUCUACUGGAUGCGUGUUAUUCUUGCUUCCAACCGUGGAACUGUCAUGGAGUUGGGAAUUACGCCCAUCGUGACAUCUGGACUGGUGAUGCAACUCCUGGCUGGGUCAAAAAUAAUCGAAGUUGACAACAAUGUCCGUGAGGACCGUGCUCUAUUGAAUGGUGCUCAGAAGCUUCUGGGUAUCUUGAUUGCGGUUGGAGAGGCUGUUGCUUAUGUCCUGUCAGGAAUGUAUGGAAGUGUCAGUCAACUCGGAGUUGGUAAUGCUAUUCUGAUAAUUCUUCAACUAUGCUUUGCUGGUAUAAUCGUGAUUUGCUUAGAUGAGCUUCUCCAAAAGGGUUAUGGUCUUGGUUCUGGGAUAUCCUUAUUCAUUGCUACCAAUAUCUGUGAAAAUAUUAUCUGGAAAGCAUUCAGUCCUACAACUAUCAAUAGCGGCAGGGGUGCUGAGUUUGAGGGUGCAGUCAUCGCAUCGUUCCAUUUGCUUAUAACCAGAACGGACAAAGUGCGUGCACUCCGAGAGGCAUUUUACCGGCAGAAUCUUCCAAAUGUGACUAAUCUUCUUGCAACUGUAUUGAUCUUCCUCAUUGUGAUCUAUUUCCAAGGUUUUCGAGUGGUGUUGCCUGUGCGAUCCAAAAAUGCCCGCGGACAACAGGGAUCUUACCCAAUAAAGCUUUUCUACACCUCCAAUAUGCCUAUUAUUCUUCAGUCUGCACUUGUAUCCAAUCUUUACUUCAUUUCUCAGUUGUUAUACAAAAGGUAUGGUGGAAACUUCUUGGUCAACUUGCUGGGCAAGUGGAAAGAAUCUGAAUAUUCUGGUCAAUCAGUUCCUGUUGGUGGCCUUGCUUAUUAUGUCACUGCUCCGUCAAGCUUAUCAGACGUGGCAGCAAAUCCUUUCCAUGCACUUUUCUAUAUAGUAUUCAUGCUUGCUGCCUGUGCCCUGUUCUCAAAGACAUGGAUUGAAGUUUCUGGAUCCUCAGCCAAAGAUGUAGCGAAGCAGCUCAAGGAGCAACAAAUGGUUAUGCCUGGGCACCGGGAUUCCAAUUUGCAGAAGGAACUGAAUCGCUACAUACCAACUGCUGCAGCUUUUGGAGGAAUGUGUAUCGGUGCAUUGACAGUGUUGGCAGAUUUCAUGGGUGCUAUUGGUUCAGGAACUGGAAUUCUUCUUGCUGUUACAAUCAUCUAUCAGUACUUUGAGACCUUUGAGAAGGAGAAAGCAAGUGAACUUGGUUUCUUUGGCUUUUAAGCCCAUAGUUUAGAGUUAUUCAUAUCUUCUUGAAGUGCUAGAGAUGGUGUCAUGGCGAUUUUAGAUUCACACUAUGGAUAGAUAUUCUGUGGAAUACAGGUUCAGAAAGAGCUGACUUACAUAAGGCCACCUAAUUUAGAGUCAGAAGCAAGGCAAAUUCAGGAAAGCGAAUAGGUUUGAAGAUUUACACUAUUUGAUUCUGGAAGUUAGUUCUGCAGCUUCUGCACUGUGGUGCUCAUAGGUCAUUGGUAUACAGGACUACCAAGCAAAAGACUAUUUUUACUCGGUGUUUUCUUGGCUAAAGACCUUUUAGAACUAAAAGUUGUUGGGGAAAUUAGAUCUCAGAUUCGAAGUUUUACUAAAAAUGAGUAUGUCUUGAUACUUCAGCGAUUCUUCGGUAGAAAUUUUUGAUGUAUUAACUUGGCUCCCCUAUCUUGGCAUGGCCCAUGUCGUGCUGGGUUGUUGCAUUUAUGGUUGCAGAUGCACUUCAAUUCGGUCUUUGCUGUGAAACAGUUGGUAGCUGAGAAUUGAGAUCAGACUUCAAUCAUAGCCUGUGAUCCCUUCUUGGGUGAUUAGAGCCGAGUGGAGAUCAGAGCAUCAUUUUUUGUUCACCAUUUGGAGUGUUAUUCUUGUUGUUUUGGGUAAUUCUAUUCUGACAAAAAGCUGAUCGGUUAAUAUCAAUAUCGACGGGGACACAGGUGGAAAUAAUUGGAUAUUUUCCAUAUAGUUGUCAUUGGAAACUUCAAGUGGCGAAUUUCGGUGUGAGGUGAAUUCAAUUGUUCAUUCUCAUGUUCGAAGUGGAAUGAUAUUUGAAAUAACAAUAACUAUUAUUGAUGA